CUAGAGCUAGGUUGUCCGUGCUCUGGUUCCAGGAAGGGGGUUCGGAAGGACGGAACCUGACAGGGUCCCUGCCUUACCCGCGUCUCUAGCUCCUCUUCCUCGCUAGUCUUCCCGUGUUUCCUCCGUGCCAGUCCAUUCUGCCCGCCCCCCUCCUCUUCCUCGGAAUCGCCUUUCCCCUCGUCUCGCAAGAUUUCCCCCACCUCUAGACUGACAGCCCCGGGCCCCGCCUCGUCCGUGAAAUCAUGAAGGUGGUGAAUCUGAAGCAAGCAAUUCUGCAAGCCUGGAAGGAGCGAUGGAGCGACUACCAGUGGGCCAUCAACAUGAAGAAAUUCUUCCCUAAAGGCGCCACCUGGGAUAUUCUCAACCUCGCAGAAGCACUCCUGGAGCAGGCUAUGAUCGGACCUUCCCCCAACCCUCUCAUCCUGUCCUACCUGAAGUAUGCCAUUAGCUCCCAGAUGGUGUCCUGCUCCUCGGUGCUCACAGCUAUCAGCAAGUUUGACGACUUCUCUCGGGACCUGUGUGUCCAGGCGCUGCUGGACAUCUGGGACAUGUUUUGUGACCGACUGAGCUGUCAUGGCAAAGCCGAGGAGUGCGUGGGGCUCUGCCGGGCCCUCCUUAGCGCCCUCCACUGGCUGCUGCGCUGCACUGCAGCCUCUGCCGAGCGGCUCCGGGAGGGCCUGGAAGGCGGCUCGCCGGCGGCGGGGGAGAAGCUGCUCACCAUGUGCCUGCAGCGCCUGGAGAAGACCCUCAACAGCACCAAGAACCGGGCCCUGCUGCACAUCGCCAAGCUGGAGGAGGCCUCAUUGCAUACAUCCCAGGGACUUGGGCUGGGUGGCGCCCGAGCCAGUCAACCAACAGCCUCCUGGACCGCCAUCGAGCAUUCGCUCCUGAAGCUCGGGGACACCCUGGCCAGCCUCAGCAGCCCCCAGCUCCGGAGCCAGGCGGAACGCUGCGGCACCCUCAUCAGGAGCAUCCCCACCAUGCUGUCCGUGCGCUCCCCGCCGCUGCACAAGACCAGCUUCCCCACUGUGCACGCCGUCGUGCUGCUCGAGGGCACCAUGAACCUGACGGGCGAGAUGCAGCCCCUGGUGGAGCAGCUGAUGAUGGUGAAGCGCAUGCAGCAUAUCCCCACCCCACUCUUUGUCCUGGAGAUCUGGAAAGCCUGCUUCGUGGGGCUGAUUGAGUCUCCAGAGGGCACGGAGGAGCUCAAGUGGACGGCGUUCACCUUCCUCAAGAUCCCCCAGGUUUUGGUGAAGUUGAAGAAGUAUUGUCAUGGGGACAAGGACUUCACCGAAGAUGUCAACUGUGCUUUUGAGUUCCUGCUGAAGCUCACCCCGUUGCUGGACAAAGCUGACCAUCGCUGCAACUGUGACUGCACCAACUUCCUGCUACAGGAGUGCAGCAAGCAGGGGCUGCUGUCCGAGGCCAGCGUGGCCAACCUCAUGGCCAAGCGCACAGCUGACCGCGAGCAGGCGCCUCACCUGAAAUCAGGGGAAAACGCCAACAUCCAGCCGAACCCGGGACUGAUCCUCCGGGCGGAGCCCACUGUCACCAACAUCCUCAAGACGAUGGACGCGGACCACUCCAAGUCCCCGGAGGGGCUGCUGGGCGUCCUGGGCCACAUGCUGUCUGGGAAGAGCCUGGACUUGUUGCUGGCUGCUGCCGCCGCCACUGGGAAGCUCAAGUCGUUCGCCCGGAAAUUCAUCAACCUGAAUGAGUUCACGACGCACGGCAGUGAAGAAGGCGUCAAAGCGGCCUCGGUGCGUGCCCUGCUCUUCGACAUCUCCUUCCUCAUGCUGUGCCACGUGGCCCAGACCUACGGGUCGGAGGUGAUUCUGUCCGAGUCGAGCAUGGGGGCCGAGGUGCCUUUCUUUGAGACCUGGAUGCAGACGUGCAUGCCCGAGGAGGGCAAAAUCCUGAACCCCGACCACCCCUGCUUCCGGCCCGACUCCACCAAAGUGGAGACUCUGGUGGCCCUGCUCAACAGCUCCUCGGAGAUGAAGCUGGUGCAGAUGAAGUGGCACGAAGCCUGUCUCAGCAUCUCAGCGGCCAUCCUGGAGAUCCUCAAUGCCUGGGAGAAUGGGGUGCUGGCCUUCGAGUCCAUCCAGAAAAUCACGGAUAACAUCAAGGGCAAGGUCUGCAGCCUGGCCGUGUGCGCGGUGGCGUGGCUGGUGGCCCACGUGCGGAUGCUGGGGCUGGAUGAGCGGGAGAAGUCUCUGCAGAUGAUCCGCCAGCUGGCCGGCCCGCUAUACAGCGAGAACACGCUGCAGUUCUACCAGGAGAGGGUGGUGAUCAUGAGCUCCAUCCUGGAGCACAUGUGUGCAGAUGUGCUGCAGCAGACGGCCACACAGAUCAAGUUCCUGUCGCCCGGCAUGGACAGCAUGCCCUACUGGAACCCGCUGCCCCCGCGGCGGCCUAUCCGCGAGGUACUGAGCGGCGUGUUUGCCCGCGUGCUGGAGAAGGGCUGGGUGGACAGCCGCGCCAUUCACGUCUUCGACGCCCUGCUGCACAUGGGCGGCGCCUACUGGUUCUGCAACAACCUCGUCAAGGAGCUGCUAAAGGAGACCCGCAAGGAGCACACGCUGCGGGCCGUGGAGCUGCUCUUUUCCAUCUUCUGCCUGGACAUGCCGCAGGUCACCCUGGUCCUGCUGGGCCACAUCCUGCCUGGCCUGCUCACGGACUCGGCCAAGUGGAACAGCCUCAUGGACCCGCCCGGCACGGCCCUGGCCAAGCUCGCCGUCUGGUGCGCCCUCAGCUCCUACUCCUCCCACAAGGGACAGGCGUCCUCCCGCCAGAAGAAGAGGCACCGCGAGGACAUUGAGGACUACACCAGCCUUUUCCCGGUGGACGACGUGCAGCCGUCCAAGCUGAUGCGUCUGCUGAGCUCCAAUGACGAAGACCCCAACCUCCUGUCCAGCCCCACUGAGCGACCCAUGAACAGCUCCUUGUCGGCCUCGCAGCUGCACACGGUGAACAUGCGGGACCCACUGAACCGUGUCCUAGCCAACCUGUUCCUGCUGCUCUCGUCCACCCUGGGCGCGCGCACGGCCGGCCCGCACACGCAGUUCGCGCGCUGGUUCCUGGAGGAGUGCGUGGAGUGCCUGGAGCAGGGCGGCCGCGGCAGCAUCCUGCAGUUCAUGCCCUUCACCACGGUGUCCGAGCUGGUGAAGGUGUCAGCCAUGUCCAGCCCCAAGGUGGUCCUGGCCAUCACGGACCUCAGCCUGCCCCUGGGCCGCCAGGUGGCUGCCAAGGCCAUUGCUGCCCUCUGAGGGUCUGGGGGAGCCUGGGAGGGGGUCCCAGCCCCUGAUCCCUCAGCAGGGAACGCUGAGCCGUCCUUGCUCGGCCGCGUGUCAGAGCCGGGUCAGCAUCGCGGGCCUCCCGCGCCUGCCCGCUGCCCACUCGUGGCCUCACCCCCCUUUCUUGCGUGAUUUCCCGUGCAGCCCCUCCUGAGGGUCGGGCACCCGGGGCCGGGAGAGAUUCUCUAUUUUUGUACCGCGGGAGGGAAGCUCCCCUCAGCAUAGUUGUGCAAAUAAAGAGCCUCGUGCGUCC